GGAGAUAGUACGGAGAUGGCGCGAGCGCGGCUCCUGGCAGAGAUCGGCGCCGUGACCCUGGUCAGCGCCCCUCGCCCGGAUCCCAACCAGCAUGGUCUGGCUCUGGCAUCGUUCAGACGCCAGCAAGAGCAGAGCUUUCAGGAGCAAAGUGCGUUGGCGGCCGAGGUCCGUGAGAACCGGCGUCAGGAACUCCUGGAGAAGAUCGCAGAGGGCCAGGCUGCCAAGAAGCAGAAGCUGGAGCACGAUUCCGGGGCCGUUGGCAGCCGAGCCGCGGACGAGAGCGAGCUCGGAGGUGGCCAGGCCUCGGGGGAGCAGGAGGAAGCAGUGCCCUCUUCUCGAGCAGCUAACGAUGGGGCGGCGCCCUUGCCCAGGUCUGCCCUGCUCGUCCAGCUGGCCACCGCCAGGCCUCGGCCUGUUAAGGCCAGGCCCCUGGACUGGCGCGUACAGUCCAAAGACUGGCCUCACGCCGGCCGGCCCGCCCACGAGCUGCGCUACAGCAUCUACAGAGACCUGUGGGAGCGAGGCUUCUUCCUCAGCGCAGCCGGCAAGUUCGGUGGCGACUUCCUGGUGUAUCCCGGCGACCCACUCCGCUUCCACGCCCACUACAUCGCCCAGUGCUGGGCUCCCGAGGACCCCAUCCCGCUGCAGGACCUGGUCUCCGCCGGCCGCCUGGGAACCAGCGUGAGGAAGACGCUGCUGCUGUGCUCCCCGCAGCCCGAUGGUAAGGUGGCCUACACCUCCCUGCAGUGGGCCAGCCUGCAGUGAGCGGCGCCCUCCUCCUCUGCACCAGGGCCCCAUGCUCGUCCACACAGCGCCAACCGGCUGUGUUGCUCUGUGGUCACCUUUCCACUCCUCGGGCUUCUUGAGAGUGGGGACUGGGUUCGGUUUAUCUGUUUCCUGCAGGCCUGCCCCAGCGGGGCUCAAUAAACUUGUCGAGUGCA